AUGUGGGGGUUUAUCCUCGGUAUAAAGGUUUAUGAUGUGGGCAUUGCUCUUCGGGUGUCUAGGCAGGUAUGGUGGAGCGACAAAAGUUUGAAGCACCAGACAAUAGAAAAAGCCAGCAGCAGCAAACCCGCAACUGCAGCACAAAAAAACACAGCAGCAACAGGCACAGCAGCACGAGAAAGCCAGCAGCAAAACCAGCAGCAAGCAAGACAUGACGGCAACACAACAGCAUCAGCCGGGCGACAGCAGCAGCAGCAGCAGCACCACAACCAGCUUGAUCAGGAUCAGCAGCAGCAGCAUCAGCAGCAGCAGCAGCACCCGCAGCAUCACCAGCAGCACCAGCAGCAUCAGCAGCAGCAGCAGCACCAGCAGCAUCAGCAUCAUCAUCAUCAGCAGCACCAGCAGCAGCACCACCACCAUUACCAGCAGCAGCAGCAGCAGCACCACCAUCACCAGCAGCAGCAGCACCACCAUCACCAGCAGCACCACCACCAUCACCAGCAGCACCACCACCACCAUCAGCAGCACCAGCACCAGCAGCAGCAGCAGCAGCAGCAGCAGGAGCUGACCUGGUUCUGGUUGAUAGUUGAGUACACAGCAAUAAGCGGAAACAGCAGCAGCAGCAGCAGCAACAGCAGCAACAGCCACCACAACCAGCUUGAGCAGGAUCACCAGCACCAGCAGCAGCAGCAUCAUCAUCAGCAGCAGCAUCAGCAGCAGCAGCACCAGCAGCAUCAGCAGCAGCACCAGCAGCAGCACCCGCAGCAUCAGCAGCAUCACCAGCAGCAUCAGCAGCAGCACCAGCAGCAGCACCACCACCACCAGCAGCACCAGCAUCAUCAUCAUCAGCAGCACCAGCAGCAGCACCACCACCAUCACCAGCACCAUCAGCAGCACCACCACCAUCAGCAGCAGCACCACCACCACCACCAUCACCAGCACCACCACCACCAUCAGCAGCAGCACCAGCAGCAGCAGCAGCAGCAGCAGCAGCAGCAGCAACUGACCUGGUUCAGGUUGAUAGUUGAGUACAGUCCUCCAAACUCCGCGGGAACUGCAGCAAACAGCCUGCAGCAGCAGCAGCAGCAGCAGCAGCAACAGCAGCAGCAGCAGCAGCGGCAGCAGAAGUCGUUGCCGUACACCUAUUGCAAACCCUAA